AUGACCGUCCAGGCUGAGAGGAUGGACGUGACUCUGGCUGAUUUCGAGAGGCUGGAACACACGAGGAGUGACGGGGACGAGGCGGAGCGCCGUGACGAGACCGCGCCUUUCACUCCGGACACCAAUCACGUCCCAGUACCGGCGUGUAAACGUGGCGCUCGUCCCAGCUGCACCAGUCUGAUCUCCAACUGGAAACUCUUACUGAACGUGGAGGGGUCUCAGGGCGACGCGGCGUUCAGCAGACUGGCGGCGGAAUGCUACGAGGACCUGCUGGCGGGGAACAGAGACGCCAAUAGUGGAGGGGAGAAGAUCACCAUAAACGUGGCCGGGCUCCGGUUUGAGACGCGCCUCCAGAUGCUGAGUCGGUUCCCCGACACGUUACUGGGCGACCCGCUGAAGAGGAUGGAUUAUUUCGACCCCAUGAGGAACGAGUACUUCUUCGAUCGCAACCGGCCGAGUUUCGACGGGAUUCUGUAUUAUUAUCAGUCGGGCGGGAAGGUGCGGCGACCCGUGAACGUUCCGUUCGACGUGUUUGCAGACGAGAUGAUUUUCUACGAGCUGGGAAAUAAAGCCAUGGAGCAGUUCCGCCAGGAGGAAGGUUUCAUCAAAGAGCCCGAGGUGGCGCUACCAUCUAAUGAGGUGUACCGCCAGUACUGGCUGCUGUUCGAGUACCCGGAGAGCUCCAACGCCGCCCGCGGAGUCGCUCUGGUCUCCCUAAUCGUCAUCAUCGUCUCCAUCGUGAUCUUCUGCAUGGAGACCCUGCCGAUGUUCCGUGAAGACUUCCCGAGCGCCGACCUUCCUGCGAAUUGGUCGGAUCCCUCGAACCCUUCGAGGACGAUCGGCUCGACGUUCACAGAUCCGUUCUUCUUCGUGGAGACGGCCUGCAUCGUCUGGUUCUUCUUCGAGCUGGGCGUCCGGUUCCUGGUGUGUCCCAGCAAGCGAGACUUUUUCAACAGCAUCAUGAACGUCAUCGACCUGAUCUCCAUCGCCCCGUACUUCGUAACCCUGGUGACAGAGCUGCUGACCGACACCGACACCUCGAGCGGCGGCCAGAGCAUGAGCCUCGCCAUCCUCCGGAUCAUCCGGCUGGUCCGCGUCUUCAGGAUCUUCAAGCUCUCCCGCCACUCCAAGGGUCUGCAGAUUUUGGGACAGACCCUGAAAGCCAGCAUGAGGGAGCUCGGCCUGCUCAUCUUCUUCCUCUUCAUCGGGGUCAUUCUCUUCUCCAGCGCCAUCUACUUCGUGGAGGUGGACGACCCCGACACGCAGUUCGGCAGCAUCCCCGACGGGUUCUGGUGGGCCGUCGUUACCAUGACGACCGUCGGAUACGGGGAUAUGUGUCCCAUCACGCUGGGCGGGAAGAUCGUCGGGACGCUGUGCGCCAUCGCCGGGGUUCUGACCAUCGCCCUGCCCGUGCCCGUCAUCGUCUCCAACUUUAAUUAUUUCUACCACCGGGAGACGAUGCAGGACGAGAAGAAGCCGCUGCUGGCCGAGGCUCAGCGAGGACUCAAGCUUUCGGGGGAAAGUGGCAGCACCGCGUCUCUGAACCGAAUAAACGGCAGCCUGCUGGAGGGAUACCUGAAGUUUCUGAUCUUCGGCUCGGACCGGACGAUGCUGAAGGACACGGGAUCUUCAGAUAAGAGCGGAUUUUACCCUCCGACGCUCACUUCAGGUAGUUUAGGAUGGACGGCGGCUCGGAGAGACGAGGCGUGGAAGGUGUUCUACAUCCAGACGGACGCACCUAAGGAUCUCCCGUCGACCCUCAAACCUUCGGGAAUUACACUUUAUGGACAGAACGAGAACGUCUGGCAGGUGAGCGUGUGCGAGGUCAGGCACUGA